UUAAGGCCGGGAGGCGUCAGUCUGUUCAGAACAACACUGAAGCUGCAGGCUGAAACUCACCACAUAGAGACGAGAAGCGCAGGUUGCAUCCCAGUCGUCUCCAUCAUGAAGAUCCUGAGUUUGUCUUGGUUUGGAUUCACCGUGUUGACUUUAGUCCAGGCAGUCGCCAUUCCAGUCACAGACGAUGAUGCUGGUCCAACAGGAGACGCUCCAUUCGAUGAUUUCUAUCCUCAUCAUCCACCAACCCAAGAUUACGGUCAUGACUGGAUGGAAGGAACUGAUGGAGACUCUCACUGGGACUUCUCUUGCCCUGAUGGAUGGUCGAUGCACAGCACGCAGUGCCUCCUCUUUGUUCCCCAGAAUCUGACCUGGAAUGAGGCAAAGAAAAACUGUGCAUCCAAAGGUGACGGUUCACUUGCUGCUGUGUCUAGUGACAUUCAAGCUGAUGAGAUUUACAAUGAGAUGGAAAGAGCUGGGCAUCAUGGCGGACAAGUGUGGGUUGGAGGCAGCAGAACAUCCCAGGUCGAUCCCUCUUUCCCUGCCUUUGCUAAGUUUUGCAAUGAGCAAAGUUCACACCAUGAGAACGACUGUCUGCAGAUCUCUUUUGAUCAUGGCUCUGGAUGCCUGGAUGCCACCAAAUGUGACGCUGAGCUCCCGUCUGUCUGUGCAAUCCUCCUCUACUAGAUGAACUUGCAUGGUGUCCAUACAAGUUAGCAUGGACACCAGCCUCUCAUUUCCUACAUUUCCUAAAAUGUUUCUGCUCUGUUGCUUUAAUAUAACAAAAACUGACCAAAGGCACAGACACCUGCUGCUUGUAAUGCAGGAGAAAGCAACCUGUCCCUUCUGACAACUUUCCAAAUAAAAUCUUUAGCAAUGAUAAAAAAAAGUGUGUGUGUGUGUGUGUG